AUGCCCACUCCAAACUCAUCAUCAAGAGUCAAUAUGGCCCCCCGAUCGACUCCACCACCACCUUAUAGGGCUUCCUCGCCAUCGGAACCCCUUCACUCUACCCACACCGAUCCUUCUUCUUCUUCAUCGAUGCGCCGUACAUCUUCAUCGUCAAGCUCCGCCCAUCCAUCAUCGGCCUAUCCUACUCCCGAUUUAUCCACUGCACCUACUACCCCUUCGCAGUCCACUCCAGCCAUCGGCACUCGAUCGUGGCGACCGACCGCCAAUGUGCCCUCACACGUCCAUCGGCGACACCGCAGAGUGGGAUCGGACGACGAAGAGGCGAAUCGGUGGUUAUCGGAAGACGAAGGGGUGGGAUCGAGUAGUUCAACACGUAGGAGAAGACGCAGUAUGGGUCCGAGAAACGAAGAUCGGGAUAGUGGAGGCGGUAGCGAUGGUGGUGGUGCUGGACCAAGUACCUUGAUGAAUCGCAAAAUCACCAAUACUGAAGAAGCUUUAGACGCCAUCAACCGAUCGAAGCGAUCACUCGCAAACAGACCUCAACCUCUUCGAAUGGCUUCUUUCGACUCCCAUCCUACCCGAUCUGCCCCUUCUCCCUCUGAUGCUCGACAAUCUCAAUCAGCUGCUGCUGUUGGAUCCGAUCCCCCGCAGAUCGCACAGCUAAUUCCUCCCCCUAUAUCAUCCGAAACUGGGGUUGGACUAGGUAUAAGAUCGAACGAUGCUGGGCCUAUACCAAUCAUUCCUACUAGUCAAUUACCUCUCGAUCCCAACGGUGGCAUUAUCCCACUCAUAUCGUCUGCUGGGGCUGUCCCCGAUUUCGCAAGUGGUAGGGGCGGUGAUGGCAUUGGUGGUCUUAACCUACCUGUAGCAACUGGUGUGGCAGAGGAUAUCGAAUCGGCUGCGUCGAGGCUGGAGAAGAGGAGAGAUAUGGUUGACAAGCUGAGCCGUAUAUUGGGAUGCGCUCUGUGUCCUUCGGUCGAUGGUCAUAACCCUUGUCUCCACCACCCCAUUACCCUUCCUUGUGGUCAUACUUUAUCAUCAAAUCAUAUAUUCAUUCCUUCUCCACCUCCUCUCCAUUUCACCAAUGAACCGCCACACGAGAUCUUCGCUGCCCAACAACGACAACAUCAACAGCGAUUAGCGAUUUGGGCCAACGUCAUGUGUCCGAUUCCGACCUGUAAGAGGUUUAGUCCUACGGCUAGCGCAUCCAGUGUGAUGACAAACAUGGAAUUGCCUGGAAGUGCCAAUGCCGAGCAGGAUUGUCAAGGUGGUUCUGACGCGCAGAGAAACGUGAUGUCAGCAUCAGGCGUACAUUAUUACCCACCAGCGCCUACUCCAAGUACAAUGCCCGCUCCCCCACCAGCAUACUCUUCCGAAGCUCCUGCUGCUGCAACGGCAUCUCCAUUACUUGACGUCACAGUCGACAAAAUUCUUGCUAUUGUUCAGAAAGAGAAAGUGAGACAUGAAAAUCAAGCAGUCAGAAUUGUAGGCGAGGAAGAUACAGAUGUCGAAUCGUCUGAUAGUUCAGAUAACGAGGCUGAAUCUUCCUUUUUACCCCCUAACACUUCGCAUUCUUCGUUGACCGACGAUUUUUCUCAUUUGAACCAUUCUUCAUCUUCAAUUAGUCUCAACAGAACUGGCUCGAAGAGGCGUAGAGGAGAUCGCAGUGAAAGAACGACAAGAAGAUUAUUACCUAGGUCAAGUUUGGGUCAGAACAAUCAAAGCCAAAAUCAAGAUAACUUUGAAAAAGAAUUAUUAGCAACUUUGGAAUGUGAUGUAUGUGCCAUGUUAUUGUAUAACCCUGUGACUACACCUUGUCAACAUUCAUUCUGCUCGAAAUGCCUUUCACGUUCCUUGGACCAUUCUUCAAGAUGUCCCGUGUGCCGCCAAGAUCUACCUAGUUUCGCAUUCUUCCAGGAUCAUGCGGUUAAUAAAGUGAUAUUGACUAUUAUCAAAACUUCUUUCCCUGAGGAAUACGUUGAGAGACAACAGGCUAUCGAGAGGGAUGAACGAGAUGCGCGACUCAACACGCCCAUCUUCGUUUGUACACUUGCUUUCCCGGGGAUGCCAACGAUCUUACAUGUCUUUGAACCGAGGUACAGAUUGAUGAUCAGAAGAUGUAUUGAAUCUACUUCACCGAGGUUCGGAAUGGUCUUACCUGCCAGGGGAACGGGUUCACCCCAACUUCAAGGACUCAUGGAAUACGGUACGAUGCUGGAAAUCCAAUCGGUACAGAUGUUACCUGAUGGACGAUCUAUGGUGGAGACUGUCGGUACGCAUAGAUUCAAGCUUUCGGAGAAAGGUAACCUGGAUGGAUAUACUGUCGGAAGAAUUGAAAGGAUCGACGAUGUCUCACCCGAAGAAGAAAUCGCCAUGGAAAGAGAAGCUGUUUUAGCUCGCGCAAACGCCACAAUGUCUCGGACUAAACCCGCUGGCCCUUCAGGUUCAACUUCAUCCCCGGUCAUCGCUUCUAAUACCACUCCUGCGGAUCCGUCAUCAGGUCCAGGUAGUGUUAGUGCGUCCACCACUGGAAUUCAAAGUGGUGUACCUGCUACUGCUUCAGCAUUACCAACGCCUGCUGUAUUUGGUGGUAUACCGACGUUUGGCGCUGGACCUGGAUCGGUGGACUUCGCCGCUUUAGCUGCUUCGUCGGCUCAAUCUCAGACACAAACCGCCACAAGUGUGGACGAUACACCUGAAACGACCGAGGAGUUGAUGGCUAUCUGUCAAGCGUUCAUCGAUCAGCUCAGAUCAGGUAGUGCACCAUGGUUGUUACAGCGAUUGAACAAUACAUAUGGAUCCAUGCCUACCGACCCCAGUGAAUUCAGUUAUUGGAUGGCUUUAGUGAUGCCAAUUGACGAGUAUGAGAAAGCGAGGUUGCUACCUAUCCGAUCACCGAGAUUGAGAUUGAAGUUGAUUGUACAUUGGGUUGAAUCGCUAAGGUCAUCUUGGUGGUGA